CUUGUAUAUACAGUACUUUUACUUUUACGCGGAGAAUGCGUGAGUCAUAAGCUGGUUUUUGCUUUUCUUUCAGUCAUGCAUGGUGGCGAGGAAGGUAAGGACAAUAUGAUGCCGAUCUUAAACGUUAACCAACGAGCUCCGGUUCUGACAACCAAGGAUCAAUAACCUACAGAUCCUGGCGAAAAAGGGGACGCAACUCCGCACAAACGACGUACACGACUAGCCACCAGUGUCCUGACAUGCCUCUGAGGCGGACGCUAACUCCAGUCAUGUUCAGCAUUGUUCCUCUUCACGAUGGAGACAACACCAUGAUUGUCACAUGAUCCAAAGCUGUGCUUCUCGCAGCACGCCAAUCCCCGCGCUUAUCUCUGUGACCUUCAGUGCACUCACCCGUACCCUACUAUUUGACUGGGUACUGAAAGUAAAAGUAGGCCGCGGAACCUGAUGAUACAGGGUGCAGCUGAAACAUCUCCAUAACGCCAGAUGCCAUAUCAACUUUCGUUGAUUGAGGUGUCUAACUGCUAUCACAACCACGUAGACAUUAGUGACGAGCUUCCAUCAACUGGCAACAUGGAGUUUCUUCGGAGAGCUGUCUCUACCAAACAACGUCGAUUAUCCCAUCUAGAGGAAAGUGGAGGUUCAUCUAAAGAUUCAUUAUCAACAGUGGACGAUAAUACAUCAAAGAAUGGAAUAUUUCAUAUUCCGCUAACGUGCAAUAUUGAGAUGACGUCGCUCUCAUCCCUAAAUUCUUUGUCGUCAGUGACGUCAUCCAACUACUCCUCCAGAGAAAACAGCCCCAAAUCUCACCCAAAGAGAGUUUCCUUCUCAAAUGACAUUGUGUUCGAUGAACCCGACACGCCCCUUUCUUCUGCUGACGACAAGAUGUCGACGGAAACCCAGUCGCCAAGGGAGGGGCGGUUGUCGACGAAAAGAAGAUCACUGAAGGAGGGAAGCUUUUCGACAGAGAGACGGCCAAGGACAAUGGGAAGCUUGUCGACGGAGAGAAGGGCAUCGACCAGAAGUAGCUUGCCCACAGACAGCUUAGAGAAACAGUUGGUUAAGGAGAGACGCAUUUCAACCGAGAAUUUUCAAUCGGAUGAUGAUUCAGACUCGGACUCGGAAUCGGAGAGUCAUUUUCCCGAGAAGUUCCGCGCAGUAUUGUUUAAUAAAUUCGGAGCAAAGCGGAAUACAGCGCCUGGGAUCAAGGACGCCAAAUCAGUCGCCCACGUUUACAAAGGAGAAGUGUUAGUGACCGAUCUCCUGGACAGCAAAGUCGUUCUUUAUGAAAGAAGUGGUAAAGCAAAGCGCACUUUCAUGACCAAAGAGAGCUCAGAGCCUUGGGGUGCGACGAUGACACCCGACGGACACGUCGCAGUGACGUUGCGACGUCAGCACUGUGUAGCGUUGUGGACAAAUGACGGCACCUCGAUGGAAGUCUUCGGCAGCGGUUUGCUGCGAUGCCCUGCUGGUCUGGCAGUUGAUAAAACAGGGAGGGUAUUUGUAGCAGAUGAACAGCUGAGCGAUGUAUUUGUAUUCGAUCAGACGGGGACCGUCUUAUUCAAACUGUCAGAUUUUCACGAACCUGCCUUCAAACAGCCUCGAUAUGUUUGCUGCUCUCAUUCUGGUCGUAUCGUCGUAGCCGACUCGGGCAAUCACUGUGUCAAAGUGUUUGCUUGUAAUGGCAACUUCAUGUUCAAGUUUGGAUCCUAUGGGAAAGCGAACGGCCAGUUUAGGUUUCCGUACGGUGUGUGUGUUGACCAACACGACAACAUCAUCGUCGCCGACCACCACAACGACAGAGUGGUCAUGUUUUCUGCAACGGGACAGUAUAUGCAAGACCUUGUCACACCUACAGCUGGGCUGAGAAGUCCGUGUGGCGUUUCCGUCAGAUGUGCGCAUAACCGGAAGUUGUAUAUUACGCAUGGAGAACUUCGAGCUUCGGAAGUGAUCGUAUUUAAGCUGAUAUCUAUGGACUCCGAGCUCAGCAUAAACGUCAAACAUUUUGUGUAGUCAGGAUCAGAUUCUGUAGAGAGACACAAGCGCAACGACUGUGAAGCACAAAACGUUAUACCAGUUUAGUGAGGUUGGCGAGAGAAUGCGGGAGAGAGGGCGUGCUGAGCUCAAAAUAUCCACACAGGACCAUUUUCUGCAUUUAUGGAGAGAUAAAAGCACAACGACUACGACGCACAAAACGUUAUACAACUUUAGUGAGUGAGUAGAGUUUUAUGCCGUGUUCAGCAAUAUUUAAGCCAUACCACGGCGGGGGUACACCACAAUUGGGCUUCACACAAUGGAACGAUAUUGAUAAUCGAACCCGGGACUUCAGCGUGGCGAGCCAAAGCAAUAACCACUACCCCACCGCUCCUUUACAAGUUAAAGUAUUGUGUAAAGAAGUAUUGAAUAAAAGACAACAUAUUAAUAAACCUUA